GUCUUUACUUUCAAACAUUUAAGAUUGCUACGGCCGAAGGAUGCAUUCCGUUCGAAUUCAUAGAGUUAUCGCUCUGAUAAUUUCCAUCUUUUAUCGCAUUGGCGUUUGGCACCGUGGAGAUCAACCUACAGUCAAGGAGAUACGAAUAAAGUCAUUGUACUGCCUUUAUUACGCCCUCUUUUUUCUAUCAUUUGUGGUCGGAGCAAAGAAUACCGAUAAAAUGGAUGACUCUAUUUUCUUAGCUGAAGUAUCGAUCGGAACUGCAGUCUUGGCAAUGAAAUUUUGGCUUCUCGUUUGGAAGCAGAACGAAAUUCUCAAUUUGUUGAAUCGAGUUUGCGUCUUUUCGAUACGUAUUGAAGACGACUUCAACCGUUUCAAUAACAAUCUUCGAGGAUUCAUGAAAUUCGUGUUUGUGUUUGCAAUUGCGAUCACCGGUGCUGGUUCCUUAUCGACUAUAGUUUUCCCGUUACUUGGGCGUGACAGAACUUUAUUUGUGGACAUUGGAUUUCCGUUGGAUUACAGGGGAAAUGAAAUUGCAUUUUGGCUUGCAGCUACGUUUCUCUUCACUGAAAUGUUUUUGUCAGUCAUCAUUAUGUUAUUCACCGUAGUUAUUUGGUAUUUGCUUUUGACAUGUUCUUUGCGGUACAAAGUGCUGGAAAGCGAGUUGAGGAAUAUGGGACGAAUUAGCGGGAAAUCGAGUAGGAAGAUGAUGAAAAGACAGAUUCACAACAACUUUACUGAAGAUUUAAAGACGUCAAUUGACGCUCAUCUGCACUUGAAGGAUUUGAUACAGGAAGUGGAGUCCUUCUUCUUAAACUUAUUCUUCAUUCAACUGGCCACCAGCGGCCUGUGCAUCUGCGGCUCAAUCUAUUGCCUGGCAUUUGAUAUCGGUGACAAUCUAGUGGAACGUCUUAUCUACAUCUUUGUGUUUUUCUACUUCAUUGCCGAGCUAUUUAUGAUCACGUACUUUGGUAACGAGAUUAUGCUUUCAAGUAAUCGACUCUCAUACAGCUUAUUCGAACCGGACUGGUACAAUCAACCGCAGUCGACCAAAAAGUGCAUCAUUAUUUUUGGUGAAUAUUUAAAGAAACCGCAAGAGCUGGUGAUCGGAAAAUUGUACCCGCUUACUUUGGAGACAUUUACAAGGGUUAUGAAUUCAGCCUACAGCAUGUUCAACAUCUUGAAAAGUUUUCAGUAGUGAAAUUG